AUGUUGAUGAGAUUAAUGAUUCUAUUUUUUAAAAUAACUUAUAAUAGAGAUUAUGAUAAUGUAAUUUAUAACAGAGAUUAUGAUAAUGUAAAUAGGGGACUUUUUAAUAUAAAUUUUUUAAGUUUUAGAAGAUUUAUUUUAAAUGAAAUAAAAGCUACUUCUGAUAAAGCAACAAUGACAGAAAGACAAACAAAAUCUGAGUUUAAUAAUAAAAACAAGCUAUCAGACCAUAUAGUUUUAAUGAUUUUUAUUUUUUAA